CGACGACAAUCACUGUCAAACGUGUUCACUAUUACUCUGACUCUGGUAACGUGACUUCCUGGUAACGUGUUAGGUAGGAAAAGCAGUAAAAAAGUGCAUAUUAAGGGAGCAGAUUUGAAAUAAUAUUUAUACUUAACAAGAAAUAAUUAAAGGUUCAAUGGGGAGACCUAAAGAUUUACGCAUAUGGGAGCACUACCGUACUUUACCAAACAAGUCUGUUUCUUGCAAGCUUUGUAAUAAGGUCUACAAAUUCAGUAAUGCUGCCAAAAUGCUUCAACAUCUUAUCACUUGUCCAAAAUCUCCAGAAACAUUAAAAGACUCUAUGAAACUUAUAAAAGAUAGCUCGUCCAAAACCAAAAUGUCUGGACUGUCAGAGAUAGAGACAAAUGAUUCUUUUAUAAGCCCCUCGUCGUCUGCUAACACUACAAUAAAUGCUGAGUUUCAAGACACCGAUGAUCAUAUAAAAACAGAAUUAGCGAGAGCUAUAUUUGUAACAGGGACGCCAUUAUCGAUGGUGCAACAUCCUUUAUGGAUACAAUUUUUCGAAAAAUUGCAACCAAAAUUUAAAAUACCUUCACGUAAAGCUUUAGCGACAAAAUACUUAGAUAAAAUAUAUAGAGAAAUGCGUUUUGAGUUAAAUGAGGAACUAAAUGCUUGUAGUUACUUACACCUUCAGUGCGAUGGCUGGUCUAAUUUAAGAAAUGAAGGAAUAAUAAACUUUCUUAUAUCAAAACCUCAACCUGCAUACGUUAAAAGUUUGAAUACAGAAAGUAAUCCUCACACUAGUGAAUACCUUAGCCAAGAAGUUGAAAAAGUAAUGAAAGUGUAUGGAGCAAAUAAGUUUCUUGUACUUAUUGGCGAUAACGCUAGAAAUAUACAAAAGGCAUUCGAAUUAACAAAACUCAAAUAUCCACAUGUUGUUCCUCUCGGUUGCUGUGCACAUAUCCUUAACUUGUUGUGCCAAGAUAUUGUAAAGAUACAAGAAGUAACUGUGUUUAUUAUGCAAGCCAUAAAUAUAAUAAAAACUGUUAAAAGGAGUCAACGAUUAAGUUCCUUGUUGAUAAAAUCAAGGCAGGGUGAAGAUUCUACACAAACACUAAAAUUGCCUUGUGCUACAAGAUGGGGAAGUCAUGUUACUUCGUUAAAAAGUUUGAAAGCAAAUAAGAUAGCUUUGCAAAUAUUAACAGUUAGAGAAGAUGUGGUAAUUUCAAGAGAUAUUAAAGAUUUAAUUCUAAGUGAUGAUUUCUGGACGAAGACAGGGGAAUGUAUAAGUAUUUUGGAACCAGUCACUGAAAGCAUAUUUUACUUAGAGAGCGACCAGAAUCGUUUGCAUCGCACAUACAUUACAUUUAGAGAUGUACAAGCUAAGAUACGUUUUGCAUUAAAUGAGAUUUCGACAUUGAGCGAAGAAAGCAAACAGCAGAUUCUAACAUCAGUAUCUUCAAGAUGCAAUAUGGCAAUGAGGCCAAUACAUUUUGCAGCAUAUAUUCUAGACCCCAGGACUCUAGGAGUCGAACUUACUCAAGAGGAAGAACUUAAGGGUAUGGAGUUUAUCUACAAUUUAAGCCAACACUUAAGUUUGUCAAAUGUAAUGGCAGAUUUGGCGUGUUAUAAAGCUAAAGAAAACUUUUGGGCCAGAGGAUUUGUAUGGAGCUCAUUAGAUAGCAUUGAGCCCCUAAUAUGGUGGAAAGGUAUUUGUGGUUCCACUGAGUUAAGCAAAGUAGCGAUUCGUAUUCUAUCAGCUCCCUGUACUUCGGCAGCCACUGAGCGUUCCUUUAGUAUCCAAGGCUACAUACAUAAUAACAAAAGAAAUCGACUUACAACUGAAAGAACUGAAAAAAUUUCAUUCAUUUGUUAUAACUGGAAUCUUAAACAUAAAGCUGAAUGCGAGGACAUUCAGUUUAAUGAAGAAAAUACCUUAGAAGCUUUCAUUGAGCAAGUAAAUGAACAUAACAGUUUAGACGAAAUAGAGCCUAUCGAACCUAUACAAUUCAUCGCUUGUAAUAACUCUGAAUCUGACAGUGAUUGACUGUAGUUUUACAUUUUACUUUCAUCUCUUUCUUAAUAAACUCAAAAUCAAAUUAAAAGUUUUUUAUUCUGUAGGCUGCAUAAUAAUAUUGUCUAUGUCCAGUAUAGUGGACGUCUUGCGGCUGAGAUGACGAUGAUGAAGUACAAAAUCAUAAACACCCAAAAAUUUGGGUGUUUAUGGGGUUUAAACCCAAUAAACCCAAAACACCCGGUUUUUACCCACCAGACUUUAAACCCACCCAGGUGGAUUGCCCAUCU